AUGGGUGGCGGUGGCUCUAAACAUGAAGACGAGGCGAGACAUCAAAGAGAGGAGAAUGCAAAGCUACAGGCAGAGAUUCAGAAAUUGAAGGACGAACGGCAGAGGUUGAAUGAUGAGAAGCAUGACCUUGAAUUGAAGAGCACGCAAGCAGAAAAUGCCGAAAAGGAAGAGAAACUACAAAGACUAAACGAAAAGCUGGAACAGACCAAGGCGAACCAGCAGAUGAUGGAGAAUCUUCGCAAGACCCAGGAGGAGAAGAGAAGGCUGGAAGAAAAAAUUAAGCUGGACAACUUCGCGAGGAAGCUCGAAGAAGACGCGAAAGCACGAGUUGAGAAAGAAACGUGGUUGCGACAGGAGGCCGAGAAGAACCUGGAGGAAGGAAUCCCACCUAUUAGAUACCCUACCGGCGACCAAAUCGCAGAAACGAGAGAAAGUCUUGGAUACCAGGAAGGCCUUCUACACAUUGCUAUCACUGGCUGCUCUGGAUCGGGCAAGUCUUCGUUGAUAAACGCUGUCCGCGGCUAUAAAAACCCAAAAACUGGCUUUGCUGCUUUGACUAGUCUCGACACAGUCAUCAACAACAUCUCUCCAGGACAUCUUGCCCAAACUGGAACCAGUGAAACAACUACGCAGAUCCAACGAUACGCCGACCCGCAUCGCGCGCGAAGAGGCCUGGCUUGGUAUGACGUCCCUGGGGCUGGUACACUCCGUGUACGAGAUUGGCAAUAUUUCAACGAUCAAGGCUUGUAUAUCUUCGAUACCAUCAUGAUUGCUGUCGGCGACCGUAUUACCAAGACGGACGUAGACCUUCUAUUCCAUUGUAAGCGAUUCGGCAUUCCCACCUUCUUUGUACGAUCCAAAGCAGAUCAACAUAUCAGGAAUUCCAUGGAUGAGCCCUAUGAUGAAGCCGAUGAGGAUGAAGUUCGUACUGGAUAUAUCCGACAAACCCGCACCGAGUUCAAUAGCAUUUUAACCAAAGUAGGGCUACCACAUCAAAAGAUUUAUAUUGUUAGCAAAGAGACUCUUCGAUUACUCAACGACGGCAAGAAACCUAAACCAAAAUCCAUUAUCGAUGAAGAGGAGCUCAUGAGAGAUGUUAAUGAUGCACUUCAUAAGUGGUCAACCUCGGUCCCCGCCGACGAAUAG